CACCCAGUUAUGCAACUCUGCCCACCACUCCCCCCUAGCUAGCUAGCACUCUGAGAUUGACAGUGCAGUGUAACUAGUGACAGUGUAUACAACAGUGAAUGAAUAGUGAACAAAUUGGAGCUUUAUUUUGCUUCUCAUAUAUGCAGAUGAUCUAAGGUAGAUGAAGAUGUUGAUGAAUGGCAGGUGUUGGUGGUUUCUCUCUCUACUGUUUCUGUUCCUGCGACCGACCCUCGGACUGAGAGUGAGGUCAGAGUUCAACCAGCGAGGCGUGAGCGGGAGCAUCGAGUUCUCACAAGAUGGACCAACCGAUAACACCACCAUUACAGUCAAUCUGACCGGUCUCAGUCUCCACGAUGAUACUCUCUUCCAGUGGCAUGUUCACCAGUAUCCCUUUCCGCUGAAUGGUAUCCCUAAUCCAUGCGGCGUGGCCAUCACUGGGGGCCAUUACGACCCCUUGGGGGCAAACUCAAAUCAAAAUUACACCCAGAACUGUGCUCAAGAUCCAAGCAACUGUGAAAUUGGUGAUUUGAGUGGAAAGUUUGGUCUGCUCAACAUUUCUCAAUCCAAUAACGUGAUUGCUCAAUACAUUGACUCCACCCUAUCACUACAUGGUGUGUAUAGUAUUAUUGGACGCUCUAUAGUCGUCCACCUCUCGGGCGGAGCUAGAUUGGUCUGUGCGAACAUUGACUACCCACAAGAUACAGAUACGGCUCAAUCCGAUAUACUCAUCUCUUCGUUUAGAAACCAAUUCACUGGAUAUGUACAUUUCAGGGGCCACACUGACAGCAACACUUCCUCUGUGUACACCAAUCUCUUGCGAGUAGCUGGGAACUCAACUUCGACUGGUCAUAACUGGCAUGUACACGUGAAGCCUCUGGAUGUGAACGGUACUGAUUGCUCUCUUGCUGGACCACAUUAUAACCCGUUGAAUGUCGAUGUAAGUAACAAUUAUUCUAUUUUGUGUAACCCUACAAGGCAAGAAAACUGUGAGAUUGGUGAUCUCUCGAAUAAAGGCUCUCCGUACAGUGUUGUUAAUCGUGUUGCUAAGCAGUUUUACACCGAUCUAUCUCUACCACUAUCUGGAGACAUGCUGUACAUUGUCAAUCGCUCAAUUGUAAUUCAUCAGGAGAAUCGUGGUGGCCCUAGAAUAGCUUGUGCUAAUCUGACUCGAUUUACUCCCCUGGAAGCUGUUGUGAACUUUAAUAACGAAAACGGGAUAACAGGCAGCAUUCGAUUUUCUCAGCUAUCACUUUUUGACUACACAUUCGUGACAGUUAACCUCCAAGGUUUGGCUGGAAUGGCUGGAGGCUAUCACGUACAUGUCCUACCUGUUCCUCCUGAGGAGCCUGAGAGUUGUUUAUUGACCCUGGGGCACUGGAACCCCACUGGAGUGGUGUACAAUGACAGCAUCACGCGACCACUAACUAGCGAUGAGUACGAGAUAGGAGAUCUAAGUGGGAAAUUUGGAGGACUAGGCGGUCUCAAUGAAUUAAUGGAAACAUAUUCGGACCCAAACGUGCCUUUGUUUGGAUUGUACAGCAUUGUAGGACGAUCUGUUGUGAUUCAUCGAACUGAUGGAUCUAGAGUGGCUUGUGCAAAUAUAGAACUAAUCAGACCGGUUUUACGAGUUAUGGUAUCUGUUAAUACAUCCAGCUUGAGAGGACAGAUCAUUUUUACUCAGCCAGCCGACGAUCCAUUCUCUGAGACGACAAUCACCGUGGAAUUGAUGAUCCUACAGAUAAUAAACGUGACUACGCCCACUCCAAGUCCCACCCUCAGUUCUACCAACAUACCCUCCAUGACGCAACUUCCUGUUGAGGUUACUACUAGCCUAUUCCCCUCUCCAGACACUACCUCAACUGUGGGUGCAGCGUCCUCGUUCCAGACUGUGUUUCCAUCCCAGACAGUGCAGUCCAUUCCAGUGUUCAGUUCCAGUGUGGACGUUGGCAGUGGUGACAGUAUGCUCCCGUUUGGACCAACAACACCCGUUGCUCCAACACCCAGUGUCAGCCCCACCCCGAUGUCUCGAAGGAGACGAGCCGUUAACAGUCGUACAAGAAGGCAGGCCGUGGGCGGAGUGGUCGGCUUCGAUUGGAGCGUGAGGAUGGUCUCUCAAGAUUCCCCCAUGGACUGCAAUUCUCUGCCUGUCUUUGACCUAGCACCAAGUGACCCAACACUUUGCUCCCCGACCAUCCCCCUGGCAUGUUCAACUGGUGAUCUCACAGGGAAACAUGGCCCCCUCUCACUCCCCGCCACCCCUGGGACAUUCUCGGCCGUCUUUACUGACCCUUCACUCCCCCUCUCUGGUCCACAGUCGCCAUUCACAACACGAGCAGCUGUUCUUGUACAGCAGAUGGGUGGAUCCGUGGAGACGGCAACAUGCUCAUUGGCUGGCAUGGUCGAAGAGCCACCUCCAAUGACAAUUAAUCCCCCUACCACACUGACUGAGACCACACCUACGAUGCAAACCACCACACCACCACCAGCAACAGCUGAUACUGUAAUCAUUGGUGCCGUAGUGGGAGGUGUGCUAGGUGCUCUCCUGUUAGUGGGUGUAGUCAUCCUACUCGUCUGUUGUUGCUACUGCAAGUCACAGAAGUCAGAGUACAAAGUGAGCAAACAAGCAGCUCUUGAAAUGGGGACUGUUCGUCCAUCCAAGCCUAUACUCGGAGUGCCCCACUAUCGAGCACUCCACAACUAUGCCCCCCAGAAUCCGGAUGACCUGGAGUUGGAGCAGGGGGAGUGGGUGACACUAAUGGAGACCCCCGCUGGUGGGGGUUGGUGGAAGGGGAAAGUCACGGAGGGAGGGGAGGGAUGGUUCCCACGUACCUAUGUGGAGUACAUAGAUAGAGACGCUGAGAAAAAGAAACAACAGGAUGAGAACUUCUUGAUGGCAGCAUCGGCCAUUGUGGCGGCCUCAACAUCAUUCAACGUCCAGCAUCCCUCCCUCACACAGACCCGUCAUCAGACACUCCCCUCAAAACCCAACAAGAGAGCCUUGUCCUUCAGCAAAAAGAAGGAAGACAAGAUUGACUUGGAGAAGCUUCAGAGGUCACAAACGAUGAACCGUAAGAUUGAUAUUGACUCCACCCCUCGUGCUCUGAGGAAACUCGAUCGACCUUACCUAGAUACAUUUAAUAGUGAUGAAAAUGGAGAGGCUACAAUCAUUUCUAAUGAGGGAGGAGAGGUAGUGAGUAAUGGCGGGACGCUACCAAACACACCCGUGAGUCAGAGGAACGUAGCCUUCUAUGCCAAUUCAGCAGCUAUCGAGGGAUCACCUCAGUCCCUAAGGGCAUCAGAGCCGGAGUAUGAAAACGGAGAGCCAGACACUGAUAAAUACAUAGCCAAACAUAAUUUCGAUGGGUCUACGGAUAUCGAGCUCGAGCUGAAGAAAGGAGAACUUGUCACCGUUGUAGAGAAGUCGGACGGAGGGUGGUGGAAGGGUGUGUGUGAGGGGAGGGUGGGAUGGUUCCCCCAGUCGUACGUUCGUCCUGCUCCUGUAGAAGCGAGAGAAAGCAUGUCGGCCACCCAGCCAGCAAACAUGGAGGAGAUGAUGAAAGCAGGUGGUGAUCUGGAGGCAGUAGAGUACUGCUCCAUCUUCCCCUAUCAGUCGGACACGGAGGGUGACCUUGUGUUUUCCGAGGGAGACACUGUGCUCGUAUAUUGGGCCCAGGACAAUGGCUGGUGGUACGGGGCAGUCGGUUCCACACAGGGAUGGUUUCCUGGCUCUUUCGUCGAGCCACUGAUUGAAUCUCCUGAGCCUCAAGAUGAGAGACGAAAGGAGAGUAGGAGCUCGUUCAAGAAGAUGUGGUCGCUACGUAAGAAGUCACGUGACAAGUCUAAAGAUGUUCCUCUGCUGGAGGAAGACAACGACGAGAAGUUACCGACAGCUAGCGAACCAGUGGGUCUGGAAGGCCAACUCCAGGCAGCACUGGAGAGACGACGAUCAUUCGGUCGUGGACGUACCCUGGCAGUAGACGAGGAGGUGGCCCAGGGGGGAAGGAAAGAAAAGGGGCGUGGUGGGAUGGGUGCCGUCGCUGAUUUUAUGAGGCGAAGCUUCAAGAAAACAAAGAGCAGGGACGAGCCAAAAUAUGAGGAGAAAAUUGUUGAGAAUACAAAAAUUGAUGAGAUUUCUUCAACAACAAAACCGCCAGAAGAGGUGGUACCAAAACCUGUUACACCACCAGCACCGUCAAGGUCUCCUCGCAAACGUCUGGACAGUAAGGCUAGACGAGCCCCUCCCCCUCCCCCUACAGCAACUACGCCCACUACACAGGCUCCACCCACUUCUACACAGUCUGAACCGUUGAAAGAAGAACCAUUAAAAGAAGAGCCGUCCCCUACCAAAGCCAAAGAUACUAAGCCACCAACACCUACGCCACAAAUACGCAAGACCAGCACGGCCGCGGAAGCGGUGAAAACAACUCGCUCAUUCUCUACUGCUCAGCCUAACUCCACCCAACCCAUGAUCCGUCCACGUAAACGACUCACAACAACUGCAGGGGGCACACAGAGAAGACAGCCACCACCACCUCCACCAAGUGCGGCCAAAGUUGCCACACCUCCUGUUACACCCUCUCAUCAAGCCACAUCCUCAGAUACAACAAUGAUUGCCAGCAGCACUAGUGCAGAGGAAGUCAAGGCACCUGCUAGUGAAACGAAACAAGUAAAGAUCCCACCUGUUCCACCGAGAUCCUCGCUACGUCCAAGAGUUCAACGCGUCAAGCGACCAAUCAGUCGAAUGAUCCCCCCACCUCCAAACAUUCCUCUCCCUCCCCCUCCAAUAAGAAAGGCAUCCAAAAUUGAGGAAACAAUUCCGGCUAUCAACAAUUCAGAGAAGAGAAAGUCAAUAGACAAACCAUCAGUGGCACCAAAACCAGCUCACUUGCGCAGAUACAGCACCCCGACAUCACCUACAGUUGCUCAAACGAAUACAGAGCCUCUGAAAUCACCUAAACCAAAACCACCCCCUCCAAUGAGAACUAGCAGUCUGGCUACUAGACCAGUACCGCCUGUAAGAAAAGUGCCUGCUCCCUCACAUCUACCGAAGAUCAAGGAUGAAAGCGAAGAAGUUGAUCCACCACAAGAGAUCGCUGAAAACACUAUCAACGACAAAGCGGCAAGGUCAGCACCACCGAGGCGGCCUCCCCCACCUAGACCCCCCAGUGCUGCCUCAGGCAAGAUUAACAAGAUUGAGGAGCAGCCCAGCGGUGCUAGUGCAGUGCCUGCAGGAGGUAGAGUGUUGUAUAACUCCUCUGAUGCUCAGCCAGAGGAUAAAGAUGGACGGGGACAUAGCAUACGUUCAAAGGGCUCAAAUCUAAUGCAGUCACUAAAGAAGAUGGUAACAAGAGAUUCGAAAAAAGGAGCCGAAAAGAAAGCUGUUCCUGUAUCAAGUGUAGCCACCAAAACAACACGAGAUGAAGCAACAGAUAUCACGACAUCAAAGCAAGACUCUUUUGGUACCAAACCUGCUCGACCACCCCCUCCGAAAACUCCUCCUACUCAACAAAAGAGGGACAGUCUUUCGUCGAGACUACUUCCCCCUAAUAUAGGGACUGAGAAAGAGACAAAACCAACUCCAGCACCAAGGCAAAGUGAACCAGACCCCUCACAGCCUAAAGCUGCACCAAGGCUGAGUCUGUCUGACCCUCCACAGAAACCACAGCCAACGCCAGUACCUAGGCAAGAACCUGACCCCCCACAGCCUAAGCCUGCACCAAGGAAGAGUGAACCUGCCCUCCCACAGCUCAUGCCCAACGGUGGAGAGGAAAUAAAACCCACACCUGUACCAAGGCUUGUUGAGACCCCCUCCCAAGAUACAAAACCUACACCAUUACCUAGGCAACGUUCUGUCUCACCUGAUGAAAAGUCACAUGGUGCUGAUGUAAAGCCACAAGACCAAAGUACAGCAUCACCUGACCUCGGGUUACAAGUAUCUACAUCACCUUCGGAUGCAAACUUUUAUCGAGCAACAAUGAAAUACGAAGCCAUGAAUGAUAAAGAGUUGUCUUUCUCCAAAGGAGAUGUUCUCAUUAUUGUACAGAAGCAAGAUGAUGGCUUCCACUAUGGAAUGCUGGAUGAUGGAACUACUGGACUUUUCCCAUUGCAUGCGGUUGAACCAUUCUUAAGCUAGUUUUCACUUGCUGAUUACAUACGCUAUAUUAGAUUUUUAUAAUUAUAUGAUGCUGUAAUUUUCAAUCUUUUUAUAAUCCUUAAACUGUGUAUUUAUUCGUAAUUAUUACUUAUUAUUGGUUAGAAA